AUGUUGUCUCGACUAUCCAGAAGAUCGCCGUUUAAUACUUCAAUUUUUCGAUCGUUUGCGACUGCACGAGAAAGAGACGAGUUCCGACUUCAAGAGUAUUCUCAAAAAUACCUUGGCUACAGAAAAGCUGUCUUUACCGAGAAACUCGAGAUAAUCGACUCUUCCAAAGCGGAAGCUGUUCCGAUCUACCGUGUCACAGAUGGUUUGGGAAAUUUCAUCGAUUCUUCUCAAGAUCCUAAAUUUGGAAAGGAAAUGUCCGUUAAAAUCUACGAAACAAUGACUCAGCUCAACAUUAUGGACAGGAUUUUGUACGAUUCACAAAGACAAGGGAGAAUUUCAUUUUACAUGACAAACUUUGGAGAAGAGGGGAAUCACGUUGGAUCGGCAGCAGCUUUGAAAAAUUCUGAUCUUGUUUAUGGUCAAUAUCGAGAGGUUGGCGUGCUGAUGUGGAGAGGGUUCCCGCUAGAACAAUUUAUGCACCAAUGUUAUGGCAAUAGCAUGGAUAUUGGAAAAGGAAAACAAAUGCCCGUUCAUUAUGGAUCCAAAGAACACAAUUUCGUCACAAUUUCUAGUCCACUGACGACACAGUUGCCACAGGCUGUCGGCAGUGCUUAUGCUUUUAAGCGCCAACCGAAUAACGACAGAGUUGUUUGUGUCUACUUUGGUGACGGAGCUGCAUCGGAAGGCGAUGCUCAUGCCGCUUUUAACUUUGCAGCUACAUUGGAUUGUCCAAUUAUCUUUUUCUGCCGAAAUAAUGGUUACGCGAUUUCAACUCCGACCUCCGAACAAUAUGCAGGUGAUGGUAUUGCUGGCAAGGGCCCUGGCUAUGGACUACACACCAUUAGGGUUGAUGGAAAUGAUCUUUUUGCGGUGUACAAUGCCACACAAGAAGCCCGCCGAGUUGCCUUGACCAAUAAGCCAGUCUUGAUUGAAGCAAUGACCUACCGACUUGGCCAUCAUUCAACAUCUGAUGACUCUACUGCAUAUAGGUUAGAUUUUAAAAAGGUUCAAACUUGGGGCGAUAAAGAUCACCCAAUCGAGAGAUUCAAAACUUACUUGGUCGAAAAAAAUUGGUGGGAUGAUGAAAAGGAGAAGGCUUGGCAAAAAGAGGUGAGGAAAAGAGUAUUGAAAGCCUUCGGAGAUGCGGAGAAGACUAAGCUUGCUCAUUUCCAUGAACUUUUCGAAGGAGUAUACGACCAAGUUCCUGAACUGCUGAAAAGACAAAGAGAUGAAUUGGAUAAUCAUUUAAAGGAAUAUGGGGAACACUAUCCUCUUGAUCGGUGUCUCCGCAAA